UAUUUACUCCUUUUACCAAUCUUACCCUUGCUAGAAUCCCGAAUGACCUUCUUAGUACCGUCGUAUAUCUGUCUCUCUCUCUCUUCUUGCUCCUCCCUCCUCCGCCGUCCGCCAUUGACGCGUAUUUCUUGAGUUCGCACUUCGAUCAAUCGUAGUAGUUGAGCUGUGCUCCUCAAUUUCACCAUUUGAGAAAAAGAUGAGGCCGCCUUCUGCUCGUAUUGACAUUGCUGCCAACGCUCAAAAACUGGAUGUCGAUAAUCGGAUUUCACUCCGUAUCUACUGCAGGAUCGCCGACAAUAUACUCCGCCAGGCUACUAUCUUCCGGAACGAGAAGAAUAUUUUAGACCUGUAUGUUAUGCUUCUGAGAUUUUCAAGUUUGGUAUCUGAGACUAUCCCACGCCAUCGAGAAUAUGCAGCAUCUCCACAAAGCAAAAAAAGUUUACUGAAAAAGCAAUUGCUAAUUGCGUUGAAUGAAUUGGAGGCACUGAAGCCAGCCGUUAAGCAGAAGGUUGAAGAACUAGAAAUAAAACCCAUGUACCAAGCUAUUGGAUGGAACUAUAAUGAUCGUCCAAAGGAAAUUCAUUCACUUAAUUCUUCUGUGCAAUGGCCUCCCAUCAAAACACACUCUCCAUCUAAUAACCAAGUAGUUAAUGCAACACAAAAUCUUUCUUCUAGGGGUAUCUAUGGAGGUUCAAAUGCUCCCCAGAAUGCCGUCUCUGUAGAAGAGAGAUUUCAGAGAUUAUCUACUACCAUCCCUCGUCCAAAGGAGGAGACACUUUUGAGACAUUCAAUUUUGGGACCCAGUGGGCUCUACGGGCAGUGGCAACCACCUGUCACUGGUAGAGGGGUCCGAUACCCCAGUAAUAUUGAUACGAGUCCUGUUGAAAUUCCAAGGCUCCAACAGGUCAUGGCUGUUGAAGAUGGAGUAGCAGGUAGAAAAGAUCUGAGCACCUUGGAUUGUGAAAAACCAAGUGUGCAACCUACACUUGAACCUAGAAGUGAUAUUCAGAAGCCACAAGAUGACGAGAAGCCAAUGAUUUCCUUUGAAAUGUCUGAUGCUCCUGAUACAAUAAUUGUCAAGCAACCUAGCCCCCCGGCAAUGCUUGCUGAGGUGCAAGACCUAAUACCUGUAGGGCAACCUCUAGUGACUGAGAAGCACGAUAAAUUGGAUAGUCAUUUGCAAAAUAGUCUGCUUCAGCCAGAAUCUCCGAUGGAGCUGCACAUUUCAACAAGUAUGAUGGAUACAUUUCUGAGACUGGCUAAAUCGAACACCUCGAAAAAUCUGGAGACAUGUGGUAUUCUUGCCGGCUCACUUAAGAACAGAAAGUUCUAUAUUACUGCUUUGAUAAUUCCAAAGCAGGAAUCAACAUCCGAUACUUGUCAGGCAACAAAUGAGGAGGAGAUAUUUGAAGUGCAAGACAAACAUUCGCUGUUUCCACUGGGAUGGAUUCAUACUCAUCCUACACAAUCUUGCUUCAUGUCAUCGGUGGACAUUCAUACGCAUUACUCAUAUCAGGUUAUGUUGCCUGAAGCUGUUGCAAUUGUUAUGGCACCAAAAGAUAGAACCAAAACUCAUGGCAUAUUCCGGUUGACAACCCCUGGAGGCAUGUCAGUCAUAAGACAUUGUGACCGGCGUGGAUUUCAUUCACAUGAGCAGCCUGCUGAUGGUGGGCCUAUAUACAAACAAUGUACAGAUGUAUACAUGAAUCCUAAGUUGAAGUUUGAUGUUAUAGAUCUUAGAUGAUGAUCAUUGUGAUAUUCCUCUCUUUUCUGUAUUGUUUGAUGCAUUGUUUUGCACUUUGUCUUCAUAAUUGUCAAAUAUAACAGUACAUAUUGUAAAAUGAGAAAGAAAUAGAUGGCAUUGUGAUCGUCUUCUUUUAACUGGCUUUAUUUGUAAGACACGAAUAUAAAUUGCUGUAAAAAUGAUGGGUGUCAUUUGGUUGUCCAGAUUACUACAUAAACCAGAAACUGUGGUAAUGCUUAGUUCUUAUUGGUGAGCUCUCUAUCUUUGGAUAUUA